GCGGCGCUGAGGCGGCCCCGGCCCGGCCGCGGAGCCCCCGGGACCCCCGGCCAUGGAGGGCAUGGACGUGGACCUGGACGCGGAGCUCAUGCAGAAGUUCAGCUGCCUCGGCACCACCGACAAGGACGUGCUGAUCGGCGAGUUCCAGCGCCUGCUCGGUUUCCAGCUCAGCCCCGCCGGCUGCGCCUUCUUCCUCGACAUGACCAACUGGAAUCUACAAGCUGCCAUUGGAGCCUACUAUGAUUUUGAGAGUCCAAAUAUCAAUGUCCCCUCCAUGUCAUUUGUGGAAGAUGUCACCAUAGGUGAAGGAGAGUCCAUCCCUCCUGAUACCCAGUUUACAAAAACAUGGAGGAUACAGAAUACAGGGACGGAGGCGUGGCCCCCAGGGGUUUGCCUGAAGUAUGUCGGUGGAGACCAGUUUGGGCACGUGAACAUGGUGAUGGUGAGGUCCCUGGAGCCGCAGGAGAUGGCUGAUGUCAGCGUGCAGAUGUGCAGCCCCAGCACCGCCGGAAUGUAUCAGGGCCAGUGGCGGAUGUGCACUGCCACAGGACUCUACUACGGAGAUGUCAUCUGGGUGAUCCUCAGCGUGGAAGUUGGAGGACUUCUGGGUGUCACACAGCAGCUGUCAUCCUUUGAGACAGAGUUCAACACGCAGCCGCAUCGCAAGGUAGAAGGAAACUUUAACCCAUUCGCCUCUCCACAGAAGAACAGGCAACCAGAUGAAAACAACCUAAAAGACCCUGGGGGUUCCGAGCUAGGCACAAUCAGCAAAAACACAUGGGGGCCUGCUCCUGACCAAAUCGAACAAGAUCAGAAUGGACUGUCACAAAACUCUGUAAAUCUCUCCCCCAGCAGUCACUCGAACAACUUGUCGGUAGUGACGUACAGUAAGGGUUUCCACGGUCCUUAUCACUUCGGACAGUCUUAAAACACAAAAACACAAAACGGGUAUCGACAAGAGGAGAAUUUAAGAAAAAGCUGACUUUUGGGGGAAGGGAGGGGGAUUCAUGUGGCAGACAGACGCAGCGUGGACCCCCCUUCUCUGCCUCCGUGUUCUGGAAAAGAAGAAAAAACAAAAGCCCAGUAACUUAAGACUAGCUGUUUCCAGAGGAAAAUCCAAAACCUGAGUAUGCAUGUGUGACUGCUGGAUUUCAGAGUGGUGUAAAUGCUAUGAGGAAGAAGAGACACCAACACUAUGGGUUUUUAGAAAUCAUCUUCACGUGUAAUUAGGUAGCUUAAAAAGAAGUUUAAAAAUGAAAAUUUAAAAGCCAUCUUUAAAAAAAGGAUAUUUUGCCUACAGAGCGGUUGUAGUUUGAGCAAAUGUUUAAUUUCUGUUUGUUUCUUGUUCUCUUUUUUUGGUUUUUUUUCCUAAGGGACAGCGUGCAUUUUCCCAGAAUGUCCUGGUUUGCUGCUGAACAGGACUGGCUCAGCACCUGCUGGGGUUUGUGCAGGGACUGCUUCUGUCAGGCUUUUUUAAUGCCAGGUUGGGUCUGCACCCAGGACUGUGUUUUUAACAGCAUCUGCUGGUUUUAGUUACCAACUUUUUAAUCUUUUAUUUCCUCUUUUCCUUUUGGUUUGGGUGUUGCUUUUAAGUUGUCCUGCGUGUCGUUGGGAGCCACGUUAUGGACAGGUUUCAGUAUCAGAAUUGGAGAGGGAGACACUGGGACUUCUGGGAUAACAUGGAGGGCUCGUCUCCCUUCCCUCUUGUACAUGAAGUACACAAAUACACACCCAUGUUGAUAAGAAACUGAUUUAUUCAAGUUGCUGAGCUGUCCUGUGUGGUUAGCAGUUAAAAAUCCCUUUUUGUUCACUCUCGUGUGCAGUAGCUGUGCCUGGAGCUGUGUGCCAAGAGGAAUCUCUGUAGCUGUAAUUCACCUGCUGAUAGUUGCAAAGCUUCACAGACAUCCUGUCCUUUUCAUUUGGAGUCUCCCCUCUCUUUCAGAGCAUAAGUUUGCAUUUGUUUCUCCUGUGCUGAGGUGUAGCUCAGAGGCUGAUCCCUGUGUUCUGGAGCACAGAGCAGGAGUUGACACCACCAGCUGGGUCCCACUGUCACCUCCUCUUCUCCUGCCUUUGUCAUCUGGGCUUGGGGCUGCACCGAGGCUGUGAGUGGGCUCAUGUUAGGGGAGGGAUUGCAGAAGGUUUGGGCUGCUCUGCUGUUCCUCCAGCAUGUUCUCCUCCCGUUCUGGACUGCAAAGUGCAGUGUGAGGGGAUGCAGCUUGGUCUCAGGCACGGUGGUGGAUUUAUUGUGAAAUGCUGACCCCACAAACAGAGAGGAGUGAGCCCUGCAGCACCAUCCUGCCCAAAAGAACCAGGCUGGAACAGCCAUCUGCCAAAGAUACAGGAAUAUGCAAAGCUCCCUUUACCUUCUUCCAGAUCUGCCCAGUGAAGGCUUUUCCCUGUGUCAGAGCUGCACACUGCAUGGCUUUGCCCUCGCUGCUCUUGGCUGCUUUUGUUUUUAUGGCUGGUUUGGAAUGGGGGAAUCUUUCAUUGCAGCUGCCAAGGACUGGUACCUGGGUGCAUGUGGAUGGACCUCGAGGAGCCAGUGGGAGUUCCUGGUGUCCAACAGAGGAAGGACUGGGCGAUGGAUUUUGUUCACAUUUCAGAGGUUCAGUUGUUACAGAUCACCAUCAGCUGAAAUCUGCCUUCAGAAAUCUGUUAGCUGGGAGAAACAAGAUCAGAAACUGCCUGCAUAGAAGUGGCCCCACAGGAUUUGAACUGCCUGACACUUGUAUUGCAGUCUGGUGGGCACCUGGCUGUGCCCUGGAUCUGGGCAAGUGUUGGGAUUGGAGUGAACCUCCUGAAGGAGCUGCUUCUUGGAAGCUUUGGUUCUUGUGCUGUGACAUUUGGCCUUGGGUUAGUUCUGAGUAUUAGAUCUGAGAUUGAUCUAGGGCGUGAUUGCAGCCCCACAGUGUGGUGUGGGCAGGUGGAAUCUUUGCUCACUCGCUCCUUCC